GCCCGACUGCUUGCUACAGCUGUGCAGUAUGCAGCUGCUGCUGUACUUCCUUUUUAAGGCUGACGGAGCGCCCUUCUAUGUGCAUAUUAUGUCCUAAUCCGAUUCACGCCUCUGCGACAAUUUACAUCCAUAUCAUUAGUCAUAAUACUCCGCGGACUAGUAAUUUUUACUAAAUUUUUGUAUUACUGACAAUAAUCUGACUACUGAUCCGGUAUUGUCAUCACUUCGCUGUGUACUAAAAUAGUAGCAGUUUUACCCGGUACGCGUGUAUCAUGGAGUUCAAUUUUAGUAUAAAGGAUGUGGCCACCGAAGAGGUGAUGAAGAUAGACAAUACGUUGACGGCAAUGGGACACGAGAAAAAUGAUGACCUAAAAGACAAAAUGAAAUUGAUCAUCGAUGAGAUGGGCAAAGCUUCGGCUGUCGCUCAAGAAUUGAAGUUGCCCGUCACCAGCGCCGACAAGCUGGCCAACUCAGAUCACAUCCUCUACAUGAUGACUGAACACGAUAAACCAGAACAUUUCAGUGUUGUUGGGAUUUUGAAGAUGGGAUGGAAAAAAUUAUACCUCUAUAACAAAGAAGGCUCGCGGUCAGAAGCAAUGGUUUACUGUUUGUUAGAUUUCUAUAUACACGAGUCAAAACAGCGUAAAGGUUAUGGAAAACGUUUGAUCGAAUGCAUGUUACAGGAUAUAAAUUUAGAAGCCAAACAUUUAGCUAUUGACAAGCCAACAAAAAAAUUAUUGCAGUUUAUGUGGAAGCAUUAUCAAUUAUCUAAAUUGGUAAACCAAGGAAAUAAUUUUGUAAUAUUUGAGGAAUUUUUUGAUGACGCUUUUGAUGAAAAGAAUCAUGACAAUAGUGGACAUAGAGCUGUAGCAUAUAAGCGACAACCAAUGUUUGGACGGCAUGGUGCUCAUAAACAUCACGAUACAAUGGGCGAGAUAAUACAGGGUGAAGGGGAUGCAGCGUUUGUGAAGUUCAAGUAUAACCAAGACACUGAUUUUGUUGAUAAUCAGUUCAAGGAAGUUAAUCCACAUCCUGAAAGUGAAGGUGCAUUUAAAACUGACCAAGAUGGAAAUUCUGUGAAACGUGAUCUUAAAUUUCACCACAACUCUCUGUGGUAAUCAAAACUAACAACGUAUUCAAACAAUUGUACUGUAUUCCAGUCCACGUGCACACGCAGAAGUAUAAUUGUAUAGAUAUUUUUGUUUAACAGCUUAACCCAAAUGCAAUUUUCAAAUAUUAUAUGCUGUACUUAAAUAAUAAUCACUAGUGUUUUUUGUGAGCAAUUAUUUUUUUUAAUGUAAUAGUCUAUUCACUGCUAACUACAAUGCUACUAACUGUUUUGAGUUCUAUAUUUUAACAAGGCUGAUAUUUAAUUUUCUUUUUUUUGUAUUGAGCUGUUGUAUGCGUUUAUAAACAAUAGCUCCAAAUACCAUUCUAAGUUAAUAUAUUUUUAUUUUUUGGUAAUUA